CUUUUUUUCCUCACUUUUGUAUGUGUUUCUGUUCUUUUUAUUUUUUAUUAUAAUUUUUUUGGAAGAAAGUUUUCUAAAAAGAAACAAAUUUAAUAAAAAAAAUAAAAAUAAAAAGAACGGAAACACAUCAAAAAAUAAGAAAAAUAUAUUUUUGUUUUUAUUGGAAAUUGUUUCUGUUCUCUCUCUAUAUUACAUCAUUUUGGUUUCUGCGCCUUCAUUCGGAACCAUUGAUCGAGGACAAAGAGAAAGAUGAAUGGUGCAAGCGACGGGGUGUAUGGAUCAACAUCUGGAUUGAAAGAUAAUCUGUUUAUUGAACUUUGGCAUGCAUGUGCUGGAUCCAUUUAUAUCCCCAAACUUUGGGACAAGGUUUUCUACUUCCCUCAAGGACACUUAGAGCAGAUUGCUAUACUUACUCGAGAUCAACAAGAUGGUCACUACAAGGAAACUCCUCUACAGAUCAUGCCUUCUAAGAUCUUGUGUAUAGUUAUCGGUGUUCAAUUAAAGGUGGAGGAUAACACAGAUGAAGUUUUUGCACUAAUUACUUUAUUUCCAUUGGGUGAGCCACAAGAACUUGUCUUAGAGGAUAAUCAAGCAAUUCAAAAUCCUAGCGAAUUAUACUCUUUUAGCAAGAUACUCACUUCAAUGGAAACAAGUAAACAUGGUGCAUUUUCUAUUCCAAUGCAACAUGCUGAGAAGUGCUUCCACCCACUGGAUAUGACUCUUCAACCACCAACACAAGAUUUAGUGGCGAAGGACAUGCAUGGAAUUGAGUGGAAUUUUCGACAUAUAUUUCACAGCCAUCCGAGAGAACAUUUGCUUACUAGUGGUUGGAACAUGUUUGUGAAUUCCAAAAAGCUUCUUCCUGGAGAUUCAUGCAUUUUUGUCAGUGAAGAGAAUGGUGAAAUUGGUAUUGGAAUUCGUCGAGGGAUGAAUCAACAGAGCAAUAUCUCCACAACAUUGUCUCAACUAUCAACUCAAACCAUGCCAUUUCAAUCAUUACUUACUGCUGCUCAUGCUGUUACUACAAACACUAUGUUCCUUGUCAAGUACCAUCCUUGGACUAGUCCUUUCGAAUUUAUGGUUCCUCUAAAUACUUAUAUUGAGUCAACUCAAAAAGACUACUCAAUUGGAACGAGGGUACACAUGAUCUUUGAUGCUGAAGGAAGUGCAAGAAGGUAUGGUACAAUAGUUGGUAAUGAAGAUAUUGAUCCCAUUGUGUGGCCUGGUUCAGAAUGGAGAUGUAUCAAGGUGCAAUGGGAUUCCAUGCUAAAUCCUUGUACUUAUCCUGAAAGAGUUUGUCCAUGGUGGAUUGAACCACUGGGAUCUUCAAAUUUAAAGGGCUAUCCUAAUCUCCCUUUACAAAACAAGGAACAUGUGCAAAACCCACUUGGGUUAAAUGGCUUUGCUAAUGAUGAUAUGGCUGGGAGUUCAUUCAAACGUGAAUAUCACAAAGUGGAUAUGGACUUACAAGGUUAUCGUUACAAAACUGGAAAUGAUGAAAAAUCAAAAAUAUUUAUUUUUGCAUUUUUUAUCUUUCUUUGCCUUUUUAUAUUUUUUAUUUUUAUCUUUCGCCCCCGUAUGUAAUUCUAUAUUUUAAAAGACAACCCCAAAUACUUUGUCAACUAUUUUUAGUUGUUUUUCUACAAUAAACAAAUAAACUAAUGAAUAAGUAGAAAAAAUGAAUGAUUAAAGUUUUUUCCAUAUUUUA